GGUGCAUGCCGUGUUCUACGUGGUGCUCGAUUUCACUCUUGAAACGAUUGUCAUUUUGAAGGAUUGUAAGACCGGAAUUUUGAUUUGAAUAAAUGUAGGAGAAGACUUGUUUCAGCAACUCCAAUAAUGUCGAAAACGGCACACGAUUACGCUUCGAAAGACCGCACUAGCGAUGUUUUAAAUGUCGAGAAUGUCAACAUUGAUUUUGCAUCGUUGUUGUUGUCUGGAGACGUUUUGAAAGGCCUGUCACUUGCGGGUUUUGAGCGUCCGUCACCAAUCCAGUUGAAAGCAAUACCCAUUGGGAGAUGUGGCCUUGAUUUGAUUGUACAAGCUAAAGCAGGAACGGGGAAGACAUGUGUUUUCAGCGUGAUAAUCUUGGAGAGUCUGGAUCUUCAGUGUGGGAAUGUUCAAGCUCUUGUCUUGACUCCAACACGAGAGAUUGCUACACAGGUCCAAGGUGUUAUACAGGCCAUUGGGGGAUGUUUGCAAGGUCUAAGAUGUCACACGUUCAUUGGAGGGACAUUAUUUGGGCCUGAUCGUCAAAAGCUGAAGAAAUGCCAUGUGGCUGUUGGCACACCAGGACGAGUGAAGCAAUUGAUUGAAUAUGAUGCCAUGCCAACUGACGGCAUUCGACUCUUUGUCCUGGAUGAGGCCGAUAAACUAUUGGAUGAGAAGUUUCAAGACCAAAUCAACUGGAUAUAUAACCGCUUACCAGUCAGCAAGCAGAUGUUGGCCCUGUCAGCAACAUACCCUGAAGCAUUAGCUAAGAGCUUGACUACCUACAUGAGAGAUCCAACAUUUGUACGACUAAACCCUAGGCAUCUGGCUCUUAAAGGCAUCAAGCAGUUCUACAAAGUGGUUCCUGGUCAUGGUUUAUACCACAAGGCAUUUGAGAUCAAGGUCAACCACUUACUGCAGUUACUAACUCAGAUGUCAUUUAGCCAGUGUCUGGUCUUCUCCAAUCUAUCCAGCAGAGCUCAAAAUCUCUCAGAUAUCUUAUGCGAGAAUGGAUGGCCAAGUACUUGUAUAUCAGGCAACCAAGACCAGACCCACAGACUCAAUGCAAUGUCAAUGCUCAAGACAUUUCAGUGUCGUGUUCUCAUAUCAACUGAUUUGACAGCCAGAGGCAUUGAUGCAGAGAAUGUCAACCUCAUCGUGAACCUAGACGUACCCUCUGAUGGUAAGACUUAUCUUCAUCGCAUUGGGAGGGCUGGUCGUUUCGGCAGUAAGGGUGUUGCAGUCACACUGGCCAGCGAGGGGAACGAGGAAUCAUUGCUGAGAAACAUCCAGCGACAGUGCCGAGUCAAACUACGGGUCUUGCCAGACCCUGUGCCAUCAGACUUGGUGAAUUCCAUUGAUGUCAUUGUGAAUGAGUUAGAUGUGACAGCCAAUAGUGGAUCAUCCGUUACAUGCGAUGGGAAUGACACAGAGAAUAUCUCAGAUGACAACAAGUUUGAAGAAACCGAUGAAUCACAAUCAGAGAUCAACGACUAUGAGCAUUCAAAGACACUGGAGAGAGCGCCCUCUUGUGAGAGAGCAAGGGAGGAUUUUGGUCCAAUGAGUCUAAAUGGUCCGGCAGGCAAUAUUGGCAAGAAUCCCGAAUCAAACUUUGCAGUUAAACCACCUCUGAAAUCACAUGAUACAACUCCCUCGACCUUCACAAUGAGUGGGAUUAACAAUCACAGUAUACCAUUCAACAUACGAAGCCCAAUCAAUUUCAAGAUUCCCUCCUUGGCUGAGAAAGUUGGACGGAGAUCUCAACAAGAUACAUGGACCUGGCAGAAAGCCACUGCAGAUUUUGAACAGUUUAUGAGCGGAUGUAGAGAAUGCUGUGAUGUUACAUCGCAUCUUCAAGAUGACGGAUUUAGAGAACGGUAUCGGAACGCUGGAUUAGUCCAGACUGUAGUUGCGUUGAGUGAUCCUGGAGGAGAUGUUGUAAUACCAUCGCAAUCAGAAGAACCAGGGAGUGACAACUCGGGGACAAAUCAAAUGAAGAAAGAUUCACUGUUAUCAUUCAAUGCAGAAACACUCAGCCAAGAAGGGGUUAAUCCAAAGAGUCUAAGGAGCAUUACGUCAUCUCAUAAUGCAACAACUGAUGACAAAGGUGGCAAUGAGAAUGAUGUAGGGGUCACAAGUAAAGGGACAGUAACCAAUGUAAGAUCGAUUGGCAGGGGUUAUGUUAACGGAGGAACAGCUGAUGUAACAUUGGUGGGUACUUUGAACAUGAGCAAUGAUUUUGCUGUUCCCAGCAAUGAGCUUGGAGAUGAGGUCCUAGCUGGGACUUCUUCUCUAUACAAUGCAGUCACUGAAGGAGAGAAGAUUUAUCACUCAUACAGGACAGCAUCCGAGAGUAAAGAUGAUGUGGAUAUUGUCCAGCAAGAAGACGAUAAAAGACUGAAACCUUUUGGUUUAUCAACGGCAACAUCCAAGACUAAAGAUGACGGAGACACUCCGUUCCAGGAGAAAGAAGAAGAGAUGACCAAGAGAAUAUCUUCUGACUUUAGAGUGGCUGACUCACCAUCGAUGGCAUCAUCUAUAAGCGAGAAUGACUUCAAAAUAGCCUAUGAAGAAGAUGACAGAAUCAAUGCAGUUUUUGUUCCCAUUAACCACAGCCUUGCCAAUUCAAGAGAAAGGAAUGUUUCUGCAGAGAGUGCAGUAAGUGUAGCCGUGCAGGAGGGAGAUAGAUGUGAAAAGAACGAUCAAAUGUCAAUGAAAACAGAAACAUCGGAAAUGAAAGAGAAAGUUUGCUUUUCAUGGAGGCCAUCUCAAGAUUUCCACAGUAGUCUUGUACCUGAAAACACUGAUGGUUUUUCAGCUGCCAAUAAUUCCGAUAGUAGCGAAUGUGAUGAUGCUACGGAAGAGCCAUUGGUUGUUGAUGGCAUAAGAACAAAGAUGCACAGUGCUCCUAUGCAUCAAACAAGUACAUCUUUACCUGAACAAAAUGUUAGUAAUCACAUCCCUGAAACUGUGUCUGUCAGACCAUGGCACAUAAGACAACGCAAUCCGACAGAGGCUGUGAGAAGUAAAAACUGCGUUGAUAAAACAGCACCAUCACAAAAAACAUUCAGUCCAUUGCCAGCUGUCAAAAGAUCAAUCUGUGGAAAAUCUCAAGGUUCUGGUUGCAAGCCAACUUGGACCAAACCAACUAGGGUAACUUCAAAUGCACCAGGGAGAACAAGGACUUCAAAGGAUCCAUUGCAGACAGACUCUGUUGACUCUUCUGACAAGACAUGUCCAGAUGAGUCAAACCUGGGCGCUGAUCCAAUUUGGCAGUCCUACACGCAAUACCUUAAACCUGAAAGUGUAGCUAUUGAUUCUGAUGUUGGUUCAACGGACUCUGGUUCUGAUGACGUAAGUUCUGCUGAAAGCCAAGAUUCACCUGAUGAUGAUUUGUCAAGCGAGGGCAGUGGUGAUAAUAAACCCCAGCAGACCCGGCACCCUGACUACCGGUAUGACUCAGCUAUAGCCCAUGGCUGGUGGUUACCAAGUCCCUAUGAGCUGCAGCCAUCUGCUAGUUAUUAUGGGGUGCCUGACUACACAUCAUUUACAACUCCCAACCAAGUCGAUCAUCAUAACCAGUAUAUUCCCCCAGGAUUUCAUCAAGAAGAUUAUUAUAACGGUGCUUAUAAUGGGAUGUAUAACACACAGCCACAUCACUACAACUACCAAAACUCUUGAUUUGAAAAUCUAAGGCCUUCAC